UUGUUGGUUGCAUUUGGUUUAUCGUUUGGGUUUGUUUGGCUCAUAGCACACCAACUGAUCAUCCACGUAUAUCUAGAAAUGAGCUUGAAUACAUACAAAAAGGCAAUAUCCAGAUGACGGCUAAUCAGAAAUUACCCAUACCUUGGAAACAUGUUCUGUUCAGCCUUCCAAUUUGGACUGCGGCCUUUUGCACAUUCUCAUCAGCUUGGUGCUUCCUGACAUUGUUAACUAAACUUCCAACUUAUUUAGAAGUGGUGCUACAUAUACCUAUUCAAAACAAUGGUCUGAUUAAUUCUAUGAUUUACUUAUGCUCCUGCAUUACACUAUUUCUUUCCGGAUAUGCAUCAGAUUAUUUGCGAACGAAGAAACAUUACUCAGCAACUAAAGUCAGGAAAAGCUUUCAGCUGUUUGCAAUGAUGGGUCCAGCAACGUGUAUGACUUUGAUACCUCUAAUGGGCUGUAACCAUGUCAUGGUUAUUUUUCUUUUAACUGCAGCCAUGGGUUUUCAGGGUCUUGGUGGCGGUGGUGUGAAUUCCAUUACCACUGACAUUGCUCCUCAUCAUUCUGCAACACUUUUUGGAUUGGUCAAUAGCCUUGGUUGUAUAUCUGGUAUAUUUGCACCUAUGGUUGCAGGAGUUCUUCUUGAAGAAGAACAUUCCAGUAUUCAACAGUGGGGUUCAGUUUUUUACAUAUCAGCAGGACUCAAUGUCAUAGGUGGCAUAGUUUUCCUGUUAUUUGCUUCAUCAGAGAGGCAGCCUUGGGCAUGCUUACCUGUCACUGAAAAAAUUUUAAAUCCUAAUAAGAAGAAGGAGCAUUUGAACAUUAACAGCAAUGAAGAUCUGGAUAGCAACUCAAAAUAUGGUGCCAUAUAUUGAGAAAUUUUCACCCAACCAUCCAUCAUCAGUUUCUGUAAGGUUUACAAAAGAACAGAAAACAACAAAACAAAAACAGAACAAAACAGAAAUUUUACCUUAACCAUUUUCAGUUUCUACAGAGUAUUAAAAAAACUGAUGGUCAAAAACGCAAAAAGUGAUAGAACUGGCCAAAACAAACAGAAAUUUUCCCCCUCGACAUCUUCAGUUCUUACAAGGUGCAACAAAACUAAUGGUCGAAACUUUAAAUGUAUUUAAACUUACUAAAACAAAUAACUUUCACAAUGCAAUGUAGGAUCUGUGUGAGUCGAAAUAUGGAGUCUAGUUGGUGAAAAUAAAGAAUGUUAUUAAGAAGGAUGAUUAGGAAAUCUUUAUUGUUGAAAACUUGGCAACAAAUACUCGGAACACCAGCUUCUCAGACCUUACAUUGCGAACGAAGUUCAUCAUGCAAACGUUGAAAGAUAUUUGCAUUUCACUAGACUUACAUCUGCAAAUACGAUGGUAAAUUAUGGGCGACAAUGACCUCUGCUGAACCAGUGGGCAUCUCGUAAAUAAUGCUUAUGUCUCCUAAGAAAAAUUUUUGACUUGACAGAUCGGAAGGACUGGGUAGCUGAAAUACCAAUUCAUCGUGGACAAAUCAUCUGUUCCAAAAAGCAUUGUCUAAAUAGUUUCACCAAGCAAGAGCACUCUCUUGGCUCGUCCUUUACUUUCCGACCCUACAUUCCAUGGUGAAAGCAGAUUGUGAAAAGUGUCAAAACUCCUACCAAAUGUGACUAUUAGUUUAAGAGAUAUUUCCAUCUAAAAUCUGAAUCUUUUUUUAAAAAAAUUUAUGUAAAAAUUUGCUUGAUGGUAAUUACGUCUUCUACCGUUCAGUGAUUUUUUUUCUAUAGUUUCUCGCGUGCCAUUGCCCGAAAAUCACCAAAACUUGUCGAUUAUUGUGGCAACGGUACCAAGAUAAAGGAAUUAUCUUGGUACCUGGUAUUACAUAAGAUUUGUGGCAAAGGUACCAAGAUCUUUCCUUUUUACAGUUUUAUGUUUCACAUUGUACAUCAUUAUUGUAAAUUCAUUAUUUAAUAAAUUUGUAAGUUCUUUUUUUAAUUUCA